AUGGAAGGUGGUGUACUGAGAUUGGGCGGCCGCCUUAGCAGAGCGGAUAUUCAGGCUGACAUGAUGCACCAAAUCUGGCUUCCCCGUAAAAACCAUGUGACAAAGCUCAUCAUUCAGGACAUACAUGUCAGACUAGGACAUGGAGGUAGGAAUCAUGUCUUGUCCAUUCUCCGAGAAAAAUACUGGGUGAUUAAAGCCAACUCUACGGUCCGCAAUAUCCUUUCACACUGUGUCACCUGUCGACGAAUGAGGACUCCAGUUUGCAAUCAGAAAAUGGCAGACCUACCAGCCAGCAGAGUAAAUCCGUCGCCUCCGUUCACCCACACAGGUAUAGAUUUCUUUGGGCCACACAUGAUUAAAGAAGGGAGGAAAUAUGUCAAAAGGUAUGGAGCACUGUUUACCUGUAUGGCCAGUAGAGCUAUCCACAUUGAAACUGCAUGUUUACUUGACACUGAUUCCUUUAUUCAAGCCCUACGACGCUUCACUGCCAGAAGGGGACCAGUCAAACAGAUACUCUGUGACAAUGGUACAAAUUUUGUUGGAGCAGAGAAGGAACUGCGUGAAGCUGUGAUGGAGAUGGAUCAGGAUAGAGUGAAAGAGUAUCUCUUGAAGCAGCAUAUUGAGUGGAGAUUUAACCCCCUGCCGCCAGUCAUAUGGGGAGGGAGCUGGGAAAGAAUGAUUGGCUCAGUUCGCAAGGGUACUUGCUCCUUUGUUGAAAGAGUUUGGCGAGAGGCUAGAUGA